AUGUAUCAUGACAAGCAUAAGCACGAGCAUAGUCCCAAGCUCAAGAAAAGGUGCCUUGUAUCGGCGUCCCGCCUCGCCGAAAUGCUGCAGCCCACACCUAAUCUACGCAAUGCAGCUUAUUUAAGUGUGCAUAAAACUGCUGGUCCUUCGAAUCAGACAGAGAGCAUGAACGUGCAGUCACAUAUGUCCACUCCACCUUGUUCUACAAGAAACAGGACAAAUUCUGUCAAUUUAGAGGAUUAUGAAACAGAUAACAUAGACACAGAGGAUGCAGAUCUGAUGAGACGAACAUAUCGGCCAGCUACUAUUAAAGUUGAGAAUAACCCUAGCCUGGAUGAGCAGUCCAGUCCAAUGCAAGAGAAGAGGACAAGAGAUACUAUAUCUUUGCCACGGCGAGAAGGACUUCGGCCUCGAAAGUCAACCAUCCGACAUUCUUCUCAAGAUUCUGAAGACCAGGAAUGCACAGAGGAGGAAGAUGAUAGAAAUAAAGGGGAGGCUGGGGAUGAAGGAGAGGAAGAUGAAGUUGAUGAAGUUGAGGAAGAGGGUGAGGAGGGUAAAGAACAAGAAGGAAGGAGACGGUAUGCUCUCCGAAAUCGCACUGAGGCGAGGAGGUUUUCUCUUGAAAAAGAAGAAAACCAACGACUGCAGUCUCCACCACGAAAAGUACUGCAUAAAGGAAUGGGAAUAAAAAAUGCACGUGAUGCGAGACGAGGUGGCUCAAGGGCGGAAAAACAUCGUUGUGCACAAAGAGUUGAUGAUUCAGAUGAUUCUCUUCUUGUGGAUGAGAUGGAUCAGGGUCCUGUUGGUUCGUCAUCAUGGAUGCAUGUGGGAAAUACAAACUUUGGUCAGCAAUGGGUUUGUGGCGGACUUGACAUGCAUAACGCAACUGCAUGGGGUUUGAAAGUUGCAGCAUCUGGAUGGGGACACCAAGGUGAUACGUUUGGUUAUGGAGGUGUAGGUGCACAACCUGCUGAGCCUAGUUCAAAAGGUGGAGCUGACAUUCAACCCUUGCAGGUUGAUGAAACAGUGAGUUUUGAUGAUAUUGGAGGGCUUUCUGACCACAUUGAUGCAUUGAAAGAAAUGGUUUUUUUCCCUCUUCUCUAUCCUGAUUUCUUUGCAAAUUAUCACAUCUCUCCUCCAAGGGGAGUCUUAUUGUGUGGUCCUCCGGGAACUGGAAAAACGUUGAUUGCAAGGGCUUUAGCAUGUGCAGCUUCCAAGGCAGGACAGAAAGUAAACUUUUACAUGCGAAAGGGAGCUGAUGUGCUCAGCAAGUGGGUUGGGGAAGCUGAGCGGCAGCUGAAAUUACUCUUUUUGGAAGCACAAAGGAACCAACCAUCCAUAAUAUUUUUUGAUGAAAUAGAUGGUCUUGCCCCAGUGAGGUCUAGUAAACAAGAACAAAUUCACAAUUCUAUUGUAUCUACGCUUCUUGCUCUAAUGGAUGGUCUAGACUCUAGAGGUCAAGUAGUGCUUAUUGGAGCGACAAACAGGAUUGAUGCUAUUGAUGGAGCUCUUCGUCGGCCUGGUCGGUUUGAUCGUGAAUUUGUAUUUUCCUUACCUGAUUGUAAAGCACGAGCUGAGAUAUUAAAGAUCCACACAAGAAAGUGGAAGAAUCCUUUAUCAGAGGAAUUAAGAAUGGAAUUAGCAGCAGCUUGUAUGGGGUAUUGUGGUGCUGAUUUAAAAGCUUUGUGCACAGAAGCUGCAAUUAAUGCUUUCCGUGAGAAAUAUCCUCAAAUAUACACUAGUGAUGAUAAGUUUGUCAUAGAUUUGGAUUCUGUGAAAGUAGAGAAGCAUGAUUUCUUGGAAGCUAUGUCUACUAUUACUCCUGCUGCCCAUAGAGGUGCAACAGUACAGUCAAGGCCAUUGUCCCCAGUAAUAGCUCCAUGCUUACAAGGACAACUAAAAAUAAUCAGUGAUUAUAUUUCUGACAUCUUCUACGUAGUGGCCAAGGGUGAUAAAAAAGAUUCGCUGAAUGACAGUUCUCGCCAUCUUGCCAAGUUACUUGGAUUUCCCUAUGGUUCUUCCAUUCCAUUUGUUUACAGACCAAGACUUCUACUUUGUGGGAAGGAGGGUGCUGGCUUGGAUCACAUUGGCCCUGCAGUUUUACACGAAUUAGAGAGGUUCCCUGUGCAUUGUCUUGGGCUUCCAUCACUUUUGUCCGACCCAAGUGCACGGACCCCUGAGGAAGCACUAGUACACAUUGUGGGAGAAGCAAGGAGGACUACUCCUUCUAUCUUGUAUCUGCCUCAACUUCAACUUUGGUGGGAGACGGCCCAUGAUCAGCUAAGAGCUGUUCUACUAUCUAUACUGGAAGAAUUGCCAUCAGACCUUCCUUUAUUACUUCUUGCAACCUCCUCUGUACCCUCUGAUGAAUUGGAUGGAGAAGCUGCAUCCUUGUUUGGUCGUCACUAUAUUUACCAAGUAGAAAAACCAAGUUCAGAUGACAGGUGUAGAUUCAUCUCGCAACUGGUUGAUGCUGUUCUUACUAUCCCUGAUCAACAAGUAGUAGUUACUCCUAAAAAGAAUGUUUCUAAUCCUGAACUUCCAAAGGUACCAAAAGCAGCAAGAGGACCAAGUGAAACUGAGCUACGUGCCAAGGUAGAAGCAGAGGAGCAUGCUAUUCGACGACUCCGAAUGUGUCUUCGGGAUGUCUGCAGCAGACUUCUGUAUGAAAAACGGUUCAGUGUCUUCCAUUACCCUGUCAUGGAUGAAGACGCUCCUGACUAUUAUGCAAUAGUUCAAAAUCCAAUGGAUAUCACUACUUUACUGCAGCGAGUAGAUAAUCGACGUUACUUGACAUGCUCAGCAUUCCUGCAAGAUGUGGAACUAAUUCCAGCCAAUGCAAAAGCAUAUAAUGGUGAUGACUACAAUGGAGCUCGAAUUGUCAGCAGAGCAUAUGCACUAAGGGAUGCGAUUCUUGGCAUGCUUUCCCAAAUGGAUCCUGCACUAGUUGCCUUUUGUGAUAAAAUUGCUGCUCAGGGUGGGCCAACUCGUUUGUCAGAGGAUUCAACUACAAAUUUUCCUUCGAAUCCUGUUGCUCAACCAGUUCAUAUUACAAGAGCAAGUGAAUGCUUACGCAACGUUCAGCCUGAUAUGAAUGUAUCUCAAAGUUACGAGGUCUUGAAGCGCUCAAAGCAGAAUAGUGAUCCUGAUCAAGGUAAAGUUGUGGCUGGGGACUCUGAUCCAUUUGCUGAGGACAGAUCACAACCCAUGGAGAUUGAUACUCCUGGGCAGAAUACUCUAAAAACAAAAUGCCUUCAUGGUAGUGUGACAAAUGAGGCAUUUAAAGGUGUGCAGCAAUGUGAGGCAAAUAAUCAAGAAGAAAUAAUGAAUCAACCGGAACACAAAUCCUCUUCCAAAGUGCCAAUAAGCAAUCACUUGGCAGUACAGAUUGAAUCAAUAGAAGAUAAUUUUGUGAAAUGUACCGAAGGUUAUGGAAUCUCAGAACUUGAAAGACUUUAUGCUCUAAUUUGUCGAAGGGUGAUAUCCUUAGCAGAUGCAAACAAACCUACAAUUAUUAAAUUCUUGAAGGACUUCUCAUCUGAUGAAAGCAAUUUUCAUAGAUAG